AUGAAUAAUAUUUUGUUUGUAUACCAGAUAAGAGAACUUGCGACUUGUUGGCGAACUACGGUCUCCACCAUGGACAACGCGUCCCACUCCUCCUCCCAAUGGCUCUUUGCCCUCUCCGCUCUUAACGGAACCCCUUCAACGUGCUCGCGCGAGAAAGAGCUCUAUGAACGGGCGCGUGGUGUCGAGUUUCUCUUCCGUCUGGGCUCUUCGUUAGCGCUUCCCACCUCCGCGAUGUGCACGGCUGCAACAUGGUUUCACAGGUUCUACAUGCGGUUCUCCAUGGACGACUUCCAUCGUCAGGAUGUCGCCGCUUCAUGUAUCUUCCUAGCCACCAAGACCGAAGAAUGUGGCCGGAAACUACGUGAUGUCUCUCGUGUAUACCAAGCGAAAGUACAGGGCGUCGAUGUCGCCACCAUCCCUCUUGAGAGCAAGGAUGUCGAUCAGUGUCAAGCGGCCAUUCUUUUGACGGAAGAAGUUUUACUCGAGGCACUGUGUUUCGACUUCGUUGUUGAAAGCCCCCACGCCGAACUGUUGGAUCUGUUCGAAUCCCUAGGGACAGAUCUGGAGGUUCAGGAAUACGCGUGGAGUCUUGCCCAUGAUUCUUAUAGGACACCCCUUUCCAUCCUAUACACCCCGAGGGUGAUAGCCAUAGCUUGCUAUGUCCUUGCCCAACGUAUCGUCGAUGGGCCUAACUCCCCUUCUCUCGACGCCCGCAUUUCUGCUUCAUCACCAUCCAAAUCGUUACCUACUCCUCCUUCUCACCAGCCUGCGUCGCCUGAUGCUUCAAGAGCUGUAGUCGACCACUACAAUCUUCAAGAGUCUGACGUCGUCCACGUUUCAGAGGCUCUCGAUAUCAUACUUGAAUUUUAUUCUGUCCAAGAUCAAAAUCAAAUACCAUACUUAACCUCUAUACUUGCUGUCCCUCCCCCAACACGACGAAGCCAUCGAGAUACAUUCUUCGUCCCCCGUUCGCAAUUGGAUGCGCCGUUGCCCGUUGCGACCGAAUCACAACCAGGUAAUCAGGAUGGACUUGGUCGAACACCCAGCUCCUCACAUGGUGGCCGCACUCCGUUGGCACCGGACCAGAUGAACGUAGACUAA